AUGGACAAAAUAUCAGUGAAAGAUAUUUGGACAAGAUCCAUUAUCCAGCCUAAACCGUACUCAUCCAGGCAUAGAUUGAUUAUAAAUAAUCGAUUAACUGAUCAAAGAUCAAAAGCCAUACAUAUCCCAUCAUCAUCAUCAUUGGAAAGUUAUUAUUUGAUGAAUACUGCUCAAACUGAAAAGAUUAAUAGUGAAGUAUGCGAAAACAAUCUGUCAACUGAAUCACUGUCGUCGGCGUCGGCGUCGUUGGCUGAUUUAAAUGUUCUGCAACAGCUUGACCCUUCUCAUCCAACCAAUAUUGAAUCUAACGUCACCACUGCUAAUACCACCACUACCACUACUACUGAAAAUGCUCAAAUCAGUAGUGUUCACGGUGAUACAAAAAUAAUGAAUUUAGACAAUAAACAAAUUGAAAUUCUCUCCAAUUGUUUAUUAUCUACCCUGUCAAUUAAAGAUUUAUUAAACAUGCUACCGAAGAAUAAAUUAUUCACUCAAGAGACAAGUGACACUACGCCUAACAAUACUACAAUUAGUAAUAGCAGUACUAGUAAUACUAGUAAGGAUAAGACAGCCAGCAGUAGUAGUCCACAUUCUGGUGCAUACUCUACUACUAUUAAUGGCAAAAGUAGUAAAUUAACAACUUCCUUAAAAAAUGUAAAAGAUAAAAAGUUAUUGACAGCUGUCAACAGCUAUCGAAUGAAUAUUGAAGAGCUGAACAUUGGCAGUAAGAUGUACAAAGAUAAUAAAGACCUCGGUAGCUCUCUUGGCACUGAUAUCCGUUGUGCGGGUACAAGCAGUACUAGCAAUAGUUGUAGUGGCAGCUGUGGAGACGCCACCAAUAGUGCUGAUGAUUCUAUGCGUCAACUUGAAGACGCCCGCAUAACGCUAAACAAACCGACUGAUGAUGGUUAUCAAGAAGGGGGAGAGAAAAAGCACUCAAAGGCUGAUGAAGGCGGAAUGAUGCGGCCUGCGUUACCGGGGUCGUUAACAUUAGGCGUAAAUGAUUUGAAACAGUGUAGAAGUACUUCUUGUAUUGUUAAAUUUAUGUACCUUGGAAUAUCACGUACAGAAGAGGCGAAAAUACAACAAACAACAAUUGAUGAUCAACAGAAAACUCCUAAAGGAAAAGUCAGCUCAGCAAAGGAGGAUAAUCAAUAUUUAUCACGUGUUAUAACAGUUAUUCAACAACCGAAUGGUGGAAAAACUCUGACUGUUUUUAAAGAUUCACUUCAACCAGGCGAUAUAUUUCAAAUCGUAUCGAGACGAGCUUAUGGCUUCCCGUUUUCAUUAACAUUCUAUGUGGAUGGUACACAAGAUACAAGAAUUAGUGCAUGCUGUGAAUAUCGUCAUAGACAAGGUGUUCGUAUCGGUGGGAGGAAUGGGCAUUUUGUAUAUUUAACAGUGGAAGGAUCAUUUCCAUGUUAUAGAUGUCAGACAGCUAAAGCAAUGAAACGAGAAUUAAAAGCAAAGAAAUUAGCUAAAAAGUCUGCAAUCCAUCGAGAUAAAGAAGAAAAACGAUUCGAAGGUGGUGAAAAAGAAGGACAGAGAGAAGAAGACGGUGAAGACAAUGAGAGUGAUGUAGACGACAAUGAAGGCGACUCUAAAGAUAAACAGUAUAAUACACUUGAUGUAGACAUUGACAAUUGUACAAAUGAAAAGUUAACACCAACUCAUCGGCUGUCCACUACUCUGUCACCUCCUGAAGCAGAUUAUAUGACAAAUAUAAUUGUUAACAGCCUUGAUAGUGACAGUCAAUCAAUAAUUAUUGAUCGAAUCGCCGAGUCAGACAGAAGGCAUAAUAAAGCUGAAACUUGUCUCAAUAAACAAACUUACGAUCAGCAUAAAAAUGCCAGAGAAAAUGAUCCACUCGACAAACAAUUAUGUCAUGUGGAUUUAUCCAAUAUACAAAUUUGUGAUGAACAAAAUAAAUUCGAAGUUAUUCAACAGGAUAGUCUAUCAGAUAAAUGUGAUUCUGUAACGCUGAAUAACACACUAUCAGAGCGUAGUAAAUGCGAGGCAGUAGACAGAUCAAUAAAGAAAGAUGAAAUACAUAAAGAUUUUAACAUUUCAAAGAUUAGCGAUAGUUUACAUAUGAAUGAAUUCAAUAAAAAAGUUGAAGAAUAUGCUGACAGAGACGACGAAAACGGCGACCAGAGUGGUGAUGAUGAUGAUGAUGAUACUGGUGAAUGUGUUGACAACUCGACAGGGAACUGUCAGCCGACUGACGAUAAGUAUUCAAAACUGAAUAAAUUGACAUGUAUUAAAAAUAAAUGUAAAGAGAAAUUAAAAAGUAUUAAAGUUGUGCCCAGACAGAAAUUAUCCAAAUGGAAUCAAUGUAUGAAUAUCAAUGCUUCAUCUAUACCAGGUGACCAUUAUUCUCAAUUUUUAUCGAAAAACUUUGAUAUAAUCGAUCCUGAAGGAUCUGAUACACAAGAAGUGACAAGUAAAACUAAUCUCACACACGAUGAGAACGAAGAUGAUGAUGAUAGGGAGGAAUCUUUUACUACAGUCAGUUUAGAUAAAGAAAUGAAAACUAUUGAACAUAGAAACGCAGAUGAUUUGUUUAAAAUGAAUUUAAUAAAACAACUUAAUGAAAUUGAUAAAGAGUCAAUUUUUCAUAAAACUAUCCCUUCGUCAGCUAAUCUUAAUUUGAAAAGUGAGCAAGGUGGACAAGAGAAGUUCACGUCAAUUACUACUGAUAAGAUAAAUUUCAGCGACUUGUUUAACAAACAAGCAUCUCAUGACAUUAAUUCAUCACUGUGUUCAUUAGAAAAUCGUAUCCCGAAAAUAAUCAUUCAAUCACCUUCUUGUAGUAAUAAUUCAGUUGAAUGUUAUGAAGAUACAAGUUGUAUGAGUAAUGCGAAACAGAUAGACAACGACGAUGCUGAUAUCGACGAUGAGAUGGAAGUGGGCGAUGAUGAUGAUGAUGAUAUAUCCAGUAACUAUGAUGAUGAUGAAAAGACCAAUGAAGGUGAUGAUUUUAACACAUUCACCUAUGAUGAUGAUGAGGAUGAGGAUGACGAAGAUACUAGUCAGCUGUCUGUCAUCUAUCGUCCACUUGUCAAUCAGUCGACACUCAACCAAUCAACUGUGCAUCCUGUAACAACUACUAAUAAGCCAAUUCCUAUGAAUUCAAACACGUAUUUCAACAGUCUAGAUACGAAUAUUUAUGAAGAUGAUUUUGAAAUAGAGAAUGGAAUUGAUAAUAUCAUUAUUGAUAAAGUGAUCGAAGAGGUAGAAGAAGACAGCGUAGAAGUUUUACAUCCUUCAGGAGUAAAUCAAGUGCUUAUCUCUACAAAGGUGGAUGAAAUUCCAUCUACAGGUGAGUGA